GGAGAAAAACAUUUUGAAUGUAAUCAAUGUGGUAAAGCUUUUACAAGAUGCAGUAAUCUCCAAUAUCAUAAAAGAACACAUACUGGAGAGAAACCUGAUGAAUGUAAUCAAUGUGGUAAAGGCUUUGCAAGAUCCAGUCAUCUCCAAUAUCAUAAAACAACACAUACUGGAGAAAAACCUUAUGAGUGCAAUCAAUGUGGUAAAGCCUUUGCAUGGCACAGUUAUCUCCAAAUUCAUAAAAGAACACAUACUGGAGAGAAACCUUAUGAAUGUAAUCAAUGUGAUAAAGCCUUUGCACAGCACAGUCAUCUCCAAUAUCAUAAAAGAACACAUACUGGAGAGAAACCUUAUGAAUGUAAUCAAUGUGGUAAAGCCUUUGGACAGCACAGUGCUCUCCAAAUACAUAAAAGAACACAUACUGGAGAGAAACCUUACGAAUGUAAUCAAUGUGGUAAAGCCUUUGUAUGUCACGGUGAUCUCCAAAGACAUAAAAGAACACAUACUGGAGAAAAACCUCAUGAAUGUAAUCAAUGUGGUAAAGCCUUUGCAGAUCACAGUGAUCUCCAAAAUCAUAAAAGAACACAUACUGGAGAGAAACCUUAUGAAUGUAAUCAGUGUUUUAAAGCCUUUUCACAUCACAGUAAUCUCAAAAGACAUAAACUGACACAUACUGGAGAGAAACCUUAUGAAUGUAACCAAUGUGGUAAAGCCUUUUCACGUAACAGUAAUCUCCAAAGACAUAAGAAAACACAUACUCGAGAG